AGUUGUACAGGAGAGCCAGCAGCAGUCCCUCACAGGCUUUAUUUUUAUUUUUAUGUAUUUUUUUGUUUUUAGGACAUUUGCUCGACGAGUUCAGGAGUCGAAAAAGACUAAAAAGCAAGGAGCAUGUGAUGGCAUUUGAGAGCGUUCAGUCACUCGUGCUUUGCCAUGACUGAUACCUUAUUGGUCGCUCACAUCACACUCCAUGCUUACUGAUUGAAACCCACAGAAAUCAUUUCAGCAACACCUCAGACCCUAGGGCAGUGUGUUGGUCUGGCAGUGUGUUGUGUGACGGUCUGAGUGCGUGUUGUGUGACGCUCUCAGUGUGUGUUGUGUGACGCUCUGCGUGUGUGCUGUGCGACGCUCUGCGUGUGUGUUAUUGUGUGUGUGACGCCGCCAUGCUGAGGCGGGGGCCGCUCGCCUGGCUGUCCCGUGUCGGGUUGGUGCUCGUGCUGCUGUGCUGCACCGCCUCCCUGCUCUACGUCACCACCUGCGGCCCCCACCAGGAGGACGGGCUGGGGGGGGGCAACGCUCUGCCCCGGGCCGCAGGCGGGGGCGGAGGAGCUGGGGGUGGAGGCGGAGGCGGAGGCGGAGGCGGUGGUCCGAGCGGGGGGCCCACGGGACGCGAGGGCUACCAGGCCCUGCUGCAGGAGCACGAGGACCAGCAUCGGAUCCACAUCGCCAGCCUGAAGAAGCAGAUCGCCCAGCUGAAGGAGGCCCUGCAGGAGCGUGGCGAGCAGCUCAAGGGCGUCCAGGAGUCCCUGGAGCGGGCCGCCGGCGUUGGCAGGGGCGCAGGAGGAGGAGGAGCAGCAGCAGCAGGAGGAGGAGGUGAUGGCGCUCCGGGCGCAGCAGCUGCCACCAACGAAAAGAGCCCCAACGCCGACCUCCAGGAGUUCCUGCGCAGCCAGCUGAGCCAGGCGGAGGUGCACCAGGGCACGCGGCUGCCCAGCGAGUACGCCGUGGUGCCCUUCGAGAGCUUCACCCUGCAGCGCGUCUACCAGCUGGAGACGGGCCUCACCCGGCACCCCGAGGAGAAGCCCGUGCGCAAGGACCGGCGCGACGAGCUGGGGGAGGUGAUCGAGAACGCCCUGCAGGCCCUCAACGCCCCCCGCACCAGCGGAGGAGACAGGACCCUCAGCAAGGCCUACGCCCCAUCUGACUUCAUUGAGGGAAUUGCACGGACGGAGAAGGACAAAGGCACGCUUUACGAGCUGACGUUCCGUGGCGACCAGAAACAGGAGUUCCGAAGGCUGGUGCUGUUCCGUCCCUUCGGCCCGCUAAUGAAGGUGAAGAAUGAGAAAGUGGACACGGCUGCGGUCGUCAUCAACAUCGUGGUUCCGCUGUCCCAGCGAGCCGACAAGUUCCGACAGUUCAUGCACAACUUCAGAGAGGUGUGUGUGAGGCAAGACAAACGGAUCCACCUCACUGUGGUGUACUUCGGGAGGGACCAGAUGAGCGAGGUGAAAGGAACCCUUGAGAAUACCUCCAGGGAGAUGAACUUCAAGAACUUCACGCUCAUUCAGCUGAACGAGGAGUUCUCGCGGGGCCGCGGGCUGGAUGUCGGGGCGAGGGCGUGGAAGGGGGGCAACGUCCUCCUCUUCUUCUGCGACGUGGACAUCGUCUUCACGGCGGACUUCCUCAACACCUGCCGCCUGAACGCCCAGGCUGGUAAGAAGGUCUUUUAUCCGGUUCUGUUCAGCCAGUACAACCCUGCGGUCAUCUACGGCAGCCAUGAGCACAUUCCUCCAGUGGAACAGCAACUGGUCAUCAAAAAAGACACAGGCUUCUGGAGAGAUUUUGGCUUCGGUAUGACGUGUCAGUACAGAUCCGACUUCAUCAACAUAGGCGGCUUCGACGUGGACAUUAAAGGCUGGGGCGGCGAGGACGUGCACCUGUACCGCAAGUACCUGCACAGCAACCUGCUGGUGGUGCGCGCGCCGUCCCGCGGCCUCUUCCACCUCUGGCACGAGAAGCACUGCACCGACCAGCUGCCUCCGGACCAGUACAAGAUGUGCAUGCAGUCCAAGGCCAUGAACGAGGCCUCGCACGGCCAGCUGGGCAUGCUGCUCUUCCGCCACGAGAUCGAGGCGCACCUCCGCAAGCAGCGGGCACAGUCCAGUGCCAAGAAGGCCUGAGCAGAGACGCGGGAUACGGACCGCUGGAUGGGGCAGGGGGUGCGGGGGCGGGGGCGGG